AAGCCUUUAGUGCCCGGAUUGACUGUGGUCCUCCUCAGCAUCACCGCAUCAUCCGCCUCUUCUCCCCCAACACCGAGAACUGACCCCGUUAGGCACACGCUGAACCCGGGAUAAUGGACGGCGUUCCCCCGAUCAUCGACAUCUCCAUCUCCCUGCGGAUCCAGCCCAAUGACGGACCCGUGUUCUUCAAGGUGGACGGGACCCGGUUCGGUCAGAGCCGGACCAUCAAACUCCUGACAGGAUCCAAAUACAAGAUUGAGGUGGUGCUAAAGCCUGGAAACGUCGAGGCUAUCAACAUGAACAUCGGAGGCAUCGUCUUCCCUCUGGAGGAGCAGUCCAGGGACGAGGAGUCGGUGGUUUAUCAAGGAAAGUACGACACCGAGGGCGUCCCGCACACCAAGAGUGGAGACCGGCAACCCGUGCAAGUCGGUAUGGAGUUUAACAAAGCCGGGACGUUCGAGACGGUCUGGCAGGUGAAAUUAUACAACUACUACAAGAGGGAGCACUGCCAGUUCGGCAACAAAUUCACCAGCAUCGAUUACGAGUGCAAGCCCAACGAGACGCGGACCCUCAUGUGGAUCAACAAGGAGUCCUUCAACUGAGUCCGCUCGUCCCCCCCACCCAACAGACACACAGCAGAGGACAUCAGCAUCUCUUUAAAAGGACAGCCUUCUCUUAAUGGCAUCACGUCAGCGGGGGUAUUUGUGUUGUUGGGAAAAAAGAGCUGUUUGCUAUGCUAUUCUAUGAAGGUUUUUAUUUUAGUUUUGAAGCUACGCUGGUGCUUUUUGGCAGCUUCACAUGCCAGGAACAGGGUAUAGUUUAGCUAAUAUUUAAACACCUAUACAGUGACGGACAUUAACCGCACACAGCGCAAUCAUGUCGGCCAACACGACUGGUUUAAAAUGUUUUAUAUCAAAGAACAACAACAGGGAAGGGAAAAACCUAGGGAAGAUCUUAGCUUACAGUUGCUGUUUUCUCUCGUUUAUCUGUAUUUAAUGUUCAAACCAUCGCUUACUCUGUGUAAAGGUACUUCCUUUCAGUUAUUCAACAUCAAGAGGAGCUUCACAUUAAAAGUUGCAUAGUGUAGUUAAAGGAACAGUUGGACAUUUUGUGAAAUACGCGUGUUCUCCAUCUCGUUUUAGAAGAUUUAUAGAGAUUUUAUCUUUUUUAUUUCAGUACAGGAAAGUCAAAGAUGUGUUAGCUUAAAGAAUUUAGGCAGGGGGAAAUUUAGGCCCAUUUCUCACCUUUAUAUAUUUUGCAAUUCUUAUGUUCCUACUUUCUUUUCAUGCAUGGGAUUACUUUCCAAUUAGGAGUAGAUUUGCAGGAAUCUGGGAAUUUAUGCCCAAAAUGAACCUCCAUUUAAAUUCUUUACACAACUGUCUCCAUCUAGAACCACUGCUGUGUUCCUGUGGUGGAUUUGUCCAAUUAUAGAUAGACUUAGUUUGCAACUCCUUGCAGAAAUUCCUUUGCACAGCUGGUGUGGUUGCCAGCUAUCUCCUUCGGAAUUAACAUCUUUGCUCUGUGGAUCGAAUCAUUAUAUUACUCUGAUCCUGCAGAAGAUUACAAAGUGUAUUUUUGAUCAUUUCUACUCGACUGUACCAGCCACUAUGACACUAAUAAAAGAAAUGAGAGGAGCAUGGAUAGUUUGACUUAAGGUCAAGGAAAAGAGAGAUACUCUUUAAAACAAAUCCAAAGAUUUCAGAUUUGCAAGCUAGACGCCAGUUCUAUCCACCUUGAAAUGAGCAGGGUUUAUUUGACAGUAGAGAUCUCAAACAUGGCAACAACAAUGAGUUUGAAUUGGUCAACAAAUGUAUCUGCAGAGUGAUAUAUUUCUGUACCAUAAAUAUGUUGCUGCAUGGGAAACUCGGAUUUACUUUAAGAUGUAUUUGGUCUCUUUUGACAGAGCUAGGCUAGCAGUUUCCCCCUGCUUCCAGUCUUUGUGCUAAGCUAGGCUACAAACAGAAACUGUAUCUCUGUACUGGACGCUCAGAAAUAUAUAUAGAUCCUCUCAUCUCACUGUGGAGAAGGAAGAAAGAAAACAUUUUGAAUAUCUAAAAACUGAUCCUUUAAGUGGAGUGAAUUAAGCCUUUAAAUUGUGAGCAAUACCCCCUCGUUAUUAAUUAUAUUGUAUCUCUAGCUGUGAAGGACUUAGUGGAUGGUAGCUGAAGACCAGGAUAGAAGACACCUGUGGGUGAAGAAGAAUGAUCUUAUUUAUUAAAUGUAUGGAUGUGAUGUGAGAGAGAAGUGAGUGUGAACAUCCUUGUUAUCGUUUUGAUGUGUUAUUUAUUGUGUUAUUUAAUGGAAAGGUCUGCUUAAAACACACGAAAACUGUUCAAACAAAGAGGAAGCAGGAAGGGAUGUUUCUUUAGUUAACUGGACCAUGUUAGACUAAAGAUUUGAAGAUGUUUCCAGAUGCAGAAAAUGUGAGUUUUGAGGGAGAAAGCGUUGAAGCUAUCUCAAACCAAUAAGCAGCAAUCUGUUUCUGGUUAAUAACACUGAUUUUUAACAACCACCAGGUAGAAAUCCACCAAGAAGAUGAAAAAUAGACAGGAAAAUAAAGCCAGGUUGAUUUCUGAAGGAAUAAAUCACAACUCACACCCACAAUGAGCUUUAGCAGUGUGAGUGGAUGGUGGUGGAUUUGUUCCUUUAAAUUAUAAGGUUGAUGUUCAUUUAAAUUUCAACAAAUCCCAUGAAAAGACCAAAACCUACUCUCUGAUUUCCUGUCAGACACCCUAAGCUCCAAGCUGAUUGGCUACUACUGGAAAAAAAAAGUCUGUUCACUUUAGUUUUUAUCAAACGAACAGGAGGAAAUGGUGCAUUUGUUGGGGACUACUCUCAGCGGUGGAUUAAUCCAUAUUUGGUGCUGUGUAGGGAGUAUUUGUGGCAGCAGGAGUGUGUGUGUUUGAGUCAAAAUAAAAGACAGUGUGUGUGUGUGUGUGUGUGU